AAUUAAAAAAAAAAUCUUAAAUCUGAGAGAUUACGGAUAUAGAGAAGUUGAGACCCAAAAAAACAAAAAAUAGGUUUGUCCUCUCUGCCGGCGGGAGAAAACUUCAGGGACUUUGAAUUUUGUGUACUGAAGAUUGUCUAAUUGGUUUUCAUAUGGAAGCAGCUAUUGUUCAGAGGUUUCAGUUACCAUCAUGGUUUGAUUGUAGAAAUUUUGAGGGGAAGCCGCAUGGUUCGUUGCGGUAUACUCAGCGAGCUAAGGAUGAGAAAAGGUUCAAAGGUCUUGCUUUGGCUCAUUUGCAACCUGAGAGAACAAAUUAUCGACGUGGAUCAGUUUCUUCAGAGGUUUCAUGUUCUGAUAACAAAACUUCAGCAUUGCUGCAGGCGGGAAGUGUUCAUCCAUUUGAUGAUGAAGAUCUAAUUCUGAAGAGAAAAGCAGAAGAGGUUAAACCGUAUUUGAAUGGACGAUCUAUGUACCUUGUUGGAAUGAUGGGUUCCGGUAAAACAACCGUGGGAAAGUUAAUGUCUAAGGUGCUCGGAUAUUCGUUCUUUGACUGCGACACUUUGAUUGAGCAGUCAAUGAAUGGAACUUCUGUUGCAGAGAUAUUUGUGAAUCACGGAGAGAGUUUCUUUAGAGGAAAGGAGACCGAUGCACUAAAGAAGCUCUCUUCAAUGUAUCAAGUUGUUGUUUCCACUGGUGGAGGUGCAGUGAUAAGACCCAUCAACUGGAAGUAUAUGCAUAACGGCAUCAGCAUUUGGCUAGAUGUGCCUCUAGAAGCCUUAGCCCAUAGAAUUGCUGCUGUUGGAACUAAUUCACGGCCACUGCUACACGAUGAAUCAGGAGAUGCAUACACAGUGGCUUUUAAGCGUCUUUCUACUAUUUGGGAUGAGCGUGGUGAAGCAUACGCAAACGCAAAUGCCAGAGUCUCCUUAGAAAAUAUUGCAGUCAAGCGUGGCUAUAAAGCUGUCUCAGAUCUCACACCAGCUGAAAUCGCCAUCGAGGCGUUUGAGCAAGUUCAGAGCUUUCUAGAAAAAGAAGAAACUAUGGACAACAUCCCGGACGGCGACCUCUAGUUCUCUGUCUCUUCAUUUAUCUGUUCGAUCAACUUAACAAAGCAAUCAUUCAUCACCAGGCAGUGAGCAUGUCUAGAGCUCUCUAAAGCAAUUACAAGAGUCCAAUUUUGACUGUGGAAAAACCACAAACACUGCUUUAUUUGAAGAAGAUGCAAUACAUGCAUAUAACUUAAUAAUACACUUUUUUUGUUUUA